AUGCUUUCCGACCUGCAGAAGAUCCAGGCGCAUAUGCACAUCUUCUUCACCAAGUUUGGUUCAAACCAGCUCGACCCAGAGGCAGGACAAGCAAGGCCGGAGAAUAUCUUGAUCAUGAACGAUCCCGACUUUGUCCCAGACAUGCGUCUUCCGCAGUUCGAUCUUGACGCCUUAGUAGCAAAUAGUCAGGCGACCAAUAAGACAUCUUCGCAAAUGUCCCCCCUUGACAACACCCUCCUUUCAGGCUCGGGUAGCCAAGGUUCGGGUUUUAACAUACAUUUUGAUCUGCAUCAUUCAGAUUCCUUCGUAUCUCAAGGACCCCCUUUCGGUCUUCAGGGCCUCUCAUCCUCUCAGAAACCGGAAGCAGCUCCGUUCAUCAUGAAUCAAGAGGAUGAAUUCGCGGGACCGGGUGACUGGGGGAUGGAGAUAGACGAGGAUGGAAAUAUCAUCGACUUGAAUGAACCAGCUGGCCUCCAAGACCAAGACGAUCUAGAACUGCCCCCUCUCCCGUCAAUGGAAGAUCAAAACCAUCCCGAGCAACAGCAUCAGCACCAUAUCGAUAAUAAUGGCGACAUUAUCAUGACAGAUGCAGUGCAACCAGAAACGGGAGGUUUCCCAGAGAAACCGCAAGAUGAACAUGGUGCAUUCUUGGAUGACCAUCCUCAUCAGGCGCCUUCUCGAAGAAAGAAGAAAGUCCGCGGUCCGGUUGCUGACGAAGAAACGCAACUCUCAAGAACUAUCUUGAGAAAUUGGCAAGGGGAAUAUUUGGAUAACUGUGGCGCCCGCAAGGUUCGAACUGGAGCAGCGCAAACAAAGGCUAACGCCAUGCUUCUUACAUUCGGCCUGGGUUUAGGAAACAUCGGACAGAACUUGGGCGUUCCUGGAAUGGUCCAUCCGCUGGGGCUCGAUUUCUCGGGCGACUCUUUAUUCACUGCUAUUACUGGACUUGGAAUACUCGAGAAACCCCGCGGUAAACGUAGACAUCGAUCUGCGACUGAAUCCAUCGAGGAGGAUGACCUAGAAGAGCGCCGGGUCAGGCCGCGACUGGACAGCGAGGCUGACCAGCAGGGUCGCGGUUUAGAAGAUGAUUACGUCUUUCAUGACCAAGACGCACAAAUAGUCAACAGCCCUGAGGUUGGCCGAGAUGCUCAGGCGCCUAUGUCUGAUCAUCUUUCUUCUGCCUUGCGUAUGCCCUGGAACCGAGGCUCGUCUGCCGUGUUAGGUUCAUCUGUUCGCGGGUCCGCGCAAAAGGGUCGCAUUCCCUCUAGUCCACUAGGAAAUCGUGGGAAUGUCCAGGAUCUUGUACGCUUUAGUGAUGAUCCGAUACUUGGUGAUGACGGCUUCGAUCUAGGCGGUCUCCAUUCUCAGGAUGACUCAUUCGACGGUUUCCAGUUAGAAGAUGAUGGUGCAGAAGAAAGCGAGCAAAAGAAAGAUGCAUGGCCGACUCUCGACAUCGAAGGAGCGAAUUUCCUUUCGUUCAUGCAUACGGCCAUCCACGAGAAUGGUGAACAUCUCCAAGACGAUGAUUUUGACGAGAACCGUAAAUGGAUCGCCUUCGACGACUUGUUCGUCCCCCGUGAAACUCCACGUGCGACGGCUGCGCAUGCGUUCUACCAUACGCUCUGCCUGGCGACAAAAGGCGAUCUAGAAGUCCAGCAGGACGGCGAAGAUAAAGUACCCUUCGGCAGCAUCUGGGUCGGUACCAAGCUGGUUGAUACUGCUGAUGCUGAAGUGUGA